AUGGUAAGCUUCGAUGUGGUAUCCCUAUUCACGAGAGUACCCCUAGGCGAGUCAAUGUAUCUAAUCAGGGAAUCAUUCCCACCUGACAUCGCGGAGCUCUUCCGAGUGUGUCUGACGGGUAGCUAUUUCUUAUGGAACGGCAAUUAUUAUGAACAAACAGAAGGUGUCGCAAUGGGCAGCCCAAUCAGCCCAAUAAUUGCUAAUUUUUUUAUGGAGAGAUUCGAAGAAAAAGCGCUAGAGUCAUCCAUUCUGAAGCCCGCUGUAUGGUUUCGUUAUGUGGACGAUACAUUUGUUGUUUGGAUCAUAAAAUUUACCAUGGAAACCGAAGUAAACAACCAACUGGCCUUCCUCGAUGUGCUUGUCAAGAGAAAUGGCGACCAUUUAGAUCACACAGUGUAUCGAAAACCCACUCAUACAGACCGGUACUUGCACAAACUGUCAAAUCACCAUCCAAGCCAAAAACAGGGGAUUAUCGGAACAUUAGCAAAUAGGGCAAGACGCAUUUGUGCUAAGGAACACAUCCAAGAGGAACUAAGCCAUUUAAAUAAAGCCUUUCUUGUCAAUGGCUAUAAAGACAGAGAAAUAAAUGCGGCGCUGGCACCUAGGCAGGGGAGACCUGAACAGGAAAACACCGUUAAUAAGGCCUUCCUACCAGGUCACCGAUAG